AUGCUGGAGCGAUUUUGUCACAAUUUAAAGCAGCCGAAAAUUGUUACAUCGCGGACAGAGCAGGCCCUGGUCACAUUUCAAGGUGGCCCAUAUGAACGGGCCUAUUUGUCAGGGGAUGACGAGCGCACUCACAACGUUGGUUUUGUGCUAUUCAUAUCGUUGGCAUGUGGCGGAACGCUGUACGCUGAAAACGAAUUGAAGACUUUCCAGCUGCAUGCUUUCAAGGAGGACGAAUGCCGAUUUACGAUUAGAGCCGAUGACGGUCAGCACGUGUACCUGCGCCUUGACCAGCUGCAGUUCAACCAACGCAGAGCCUCAAAGGCCAGAGGAAAAUCAGCUGCCACGAUUGCUGUUUAUGACGGUGCACAAGAGGGUGCUGCUGCUCUUGGAAUAUUCCAUCCAGAGUGUAAUCCUUCGAGUAUAGAACGAGCGUCAAGAAUUUGCUCGAACCGAGAGUUACGUUCCACCGGAAGUGCAAUGAGCGUGCAUUUGAGAGGACUAAACACUUUUCAGUUGGAACGCGUGCAUUUCUCCUAUUCGACACGAAUUGAGAGUUACGCGCUGAAAUUGCCUUUUUCGGAGUACUGCGCUGAAUCCUAUCUGGAAAUCCGUGAGAACAAUAGCAGUGGGAAGAUUGCAACACGAGCGUGCUCCUUUGAAAGUGCCCAGCCGACAAUGACUAGUCAGUCGUUUUGGCUGCGUUUGCGAUAUAUCAACGAGGAAGAGGAUGACACUAGCGAUAUUGAGCCGCUGAAGCCCGAACUUAUGAUCAAAUUCAAAAAAUUGUCUAAAAAGAAGUGUGUCGUAGUGCCUUUGGCGAUACUUGAUCCAUUUAUAGUGUUCGGUGGAGUUGUGAGUGGUUCAGCAGUAAGCUCACCAGCAGCAGAUGAUUGGCGCUUGACGGAGUUCUCGCCGAUUGAGUGGACUCUAAUUGCUCCAGAUGAGCACUGGAUCAGAGUUUCAAUCAAAGAUAUUGAAAUUCCGGAUGAACGCGACGAAAAUAAUAUCGAUGUUGACCAAAGAGAUACAUUAAAAGGACUUGUUGUAAGUAUACAAUUUGCGUAA